CAUUCCGUACACAUUGUCGUAUGUCGCUUCAAGUCGGUUUCGAUUCGACUUUUGUGCGGCGAAAAGUCAUGUGCCUGUGUUUUCCAAUAUAAAAUUACGAGAGAGUUCAUCAUCGGUAUGUCCGAGUCUGUAAAAGUGGCGGUGAGAUGUCGGCCUAUGUCCAACAAAGAAUUGCAGCAAGGAUGUCAGAACGUGGUGACGAUCGAUCCGCUAACAAAAUCCUGCACGUUGGAAAAUACCGCCAGUGGAAAUGGAAAAGUCUACCAAUUCGAUGCUACAUUCAGCCCGUCCGCUACAACAGAAUCGGUCUACGAAGAUGUAGGUUCCGUAAUCGUUGAGGCUGUCUUAGAGGGUUACAAUGGCACUGUGUUCGCUUACGGUCAAACUGGUUGCGGGAAAUCAUUUACAAUGCGAGGAUUCAUCGAACGUGCAUUGGAACAUUUAUUCGAGGCGACUUCCACCGCCAGUUCCGAAACAAGGUAUUUGGCGUUGCUGAGUUACCUCGAGAUCUACAACGAGCGAUUACGAGAUUUGUUACAAGACGACACUGGGGAAACCCUGACACUGAAAGAGGACCCCACGAAAGGUACCUACGUCGCGGGUGGAUUGCGCGAGGUCACCGUCAAAGACGCGACCGAAUGCGCCACGUUGGUUCAACAGGGCGAUCAAAGGAGAGCCGCAGCCGCGACGAAGAUGAACGCUGCCAGUUCGAGGAGUCACGCUGUUUUAACUCUGUCACUCGAGGCGAUCGCCAUCAAUGACGAUGAUAAACGUGGUAAUGCUAUCAGGAGAGGUCGAUUGCAUUUAGUCGAUCUAGCUGGAUCCGAAAGGCAAACCAGGACUGGAGCUACGGGAGAUCGUUUGAAAGAAGCUGCCAGUAUCAAUCUGAGUUUAUCGGCAUUAGGGAAUGUCAUUAGUGCGUUAGCGGCCGGAAAUGGAAGACAUGUCCCUUACAGAGAUAGUAAACUGACGAGACUGCUGCGAGACAGUCUGGGUGGGAAUGCCAGAACUUUGAUGAUCGCCUGCGUAAGCCCAAGUGACAUCGACGCUGAAGAGACCCUCAGCACUCUGCGCUAUGCUGCCCGAGCUCGUUGCAUCAAGAAUAAGCCGAUCGUCAAUGAAGACCCUAAAGACGCUCUUCUUAGACAAUAUCAAUUAGAACUUCAACGUUUAAGGAAGUUGCUUGACUGCAGCGACCCAUUAAACGCUGGAUCGGACUUCCAAAAAGAUGCGGAGGAAGAGAGAAAGAAACAAUAUUCCGACGAGGUGGAGAGGCUACGGAAAGAGUGCGAGAGUUCAAAUUUAUCAGCUCAAAAACUAAAAGAGGAACUAGAAGCUCUGAAAUUCCGUUACGAAUCGGGAUUAAACAUGACGAACAAUAUUGACAAAAAUGAAAAUCUCAGUCAAGAAUGUGAGAAGAUGAAUGAGUUGGAUAAAGAACGAAUGGAAAGAAGAAGAAAGAAAAGAGAGGCAGCUUUACAAGAUGUUCUAAGAAGGUUGGAGAAACUGACGAUUGGUGGAGAAGAGAUCGGUAAUGCGGAACUGAAAAAAAGGAGGGAGAAAAGAAGAAAGAAGCUAGAAGUUCUUGUAGGGGCGCUGGAAGCCAACGAUGCCAAUGGUAGUGUCUUCCAAGUAUACGGCCAACUGAGAUCGACAGAAGAUGCACUGAAGAAGAUGGCGAAGCGAGUAAAACAAUUAGAAGCUGAAGCCGCAGAUCUCCAGGCAUCCUGGGACGCCGAACGUCGCGAGCUCCUUCGAAGAGAACUGUUAACGUCCCAAUUGUGCGACCUCAUGGUACCCUAUCUUCGUCCUGGCUGCCUCUUUCGAGAUAUUGCAGCGAUGAGAGAGGCGGCGACCUGGUGCGAUGAACUAGGACGAUGGCGCUUGCCGGAUGUGUCCCCUCAUAUACCUCUACCUCCAGCCGCUCCCACGGCGCGGGCGGAUAUUCUUCACCUCACCGGUAUUUCCUCCAAGGCAGAUCACAAUAACAAUAGUAAUAAUAAUAGUAGCAAUGACGAGAAUGAUAGUGAUCAAGAUAACGAUAACGAAGAAGACGGUAGACGAGAUAUACAGAAAAAAAACGGCUGGAAUGCCGUGAACACUUAUUUUCGAAGAAGCAGAGUGGAUACUCUUCUAGCACACGCAAGGGAAGCGAAGACUUUCGAACCGGGAAAUCGACUGAGCAAAUCAGGAGGCUCAGAAGACUUGGGACCGAUCGCAGGUGGCAGCGGCUAUCUACAGCUCAACGCACUGAAUUUGCAAAGUAGCACGCCGAUCCGCGGCGAAAGCAACUACAGUCCGAAUCAGCACAAAUUGGCGAUACGCGGUGGCUGGGUUUACGAUGAGCAGCCUAACCGACCUACCUAUAACUCUUUCAUCAAUACCACGAAGAAACCUCCUCCAAGAAUAUUGGAAGCCUUACCUUCGUACCCGCAUGACGAUACGUCAUUCAAAUCACCCGUUCGCCUCAAAGAGAUGGAGUUGAAAGAAAUAUCUGAGGACUGCCAGGAGCGAGGACUGCCACCAAGAUUACUACGCAGCAACGAUACUUUUACCCGCCAUCAUCCAUUCCAUGUCGAACAUACCUGUUCGCCAACUUAUUGACAAGCCGAUCAUUUUUAAUAAAAACAUUUUGUAUUAAAGAAGAAGCUAAGAGAAGUAUAAGGUUCAAGAAACAGAGGUCAGGCUAAGAGGAAUUUCAAGGUGGCAUCGAUGAAGAUCGGCGAAAUUAUUUGAUGCAUCAAAAAUAUUAACGGUGAUGAAUUAAACUCUAAUCCAUAAAAUGCUGUGCCUUCGGUCUCUUCCGAGAGAUGAUUUUGUAACUCGUUUAGUAGGCCGUAACUCUUUCAGUAGGCUGUAACUCUUAACGAUAGUUUUGCUAUCGUUAUACAUUUGCGUUAUAUGGUAAAAGCUGCACAACGAUAACAAAACUGUCGUUAAAGAGUUACAGAAUAAGAGUACAGAAUAGGAAUAUAAAGCUCUUGCUUAAGAAACAGAUAUAUGUGAAAGAAAUAUUUGAAAAAUACAUUACUGAGAUUCAAAAAUCAUAUAAGAAUUGUAUGGCGGACGCUGUUAAAAAUUUGUUACAGUAAUAUUUUUAUAUGUCCCCCUGGAUAACGUACCUGAGAUAUGUCUGUUUUAAUAAACCUAGAAGUAAAAGUUCAGAAACAAAUCAUAAAGUAAUUUCAUGAAGAGCAAAUACGCGAAAUAUGAAAAAGCAGCCAGAUAUUUAUUAUAUAGCACAUACAACAAGUAAUAUUAUUUAUAAUUUAUUAAAAAAUUAUAUACCUGUAUA